UAGUUUUAGAGUUAGUUGGAGAGUCCACCCCAACGUAACCCUUGCCCCUUCCUGGGGCAUGCCCGGGUCCCCAGGGUUUAAACUCUGUGUGGACUGCAGGAAGUUUAUACCAAAGAGUGACCUGCACUCUUCCUGCUUGAGGUGCCUCGGAGAGAGCCACCAAAGAGACCGGUGCCGCAUCUGCAAGGGGUUCCGUCCCAGGACUUCCAAGGACAGAGAGCAAAGAUUUAGAGUGCUCCUGAUGGAGGCAUCCUUACGGUCACACUCGGACCCUGAGCCUGCCGACCCAGCACCCAGUGCCUCAUCUUUGAUGCGCAGCACUCCAGCACCAUUAGCCAGAGAGGAGGCCCAAUCUAAGAACUGUAAGUCCUGGCACCAGAGAGAAUCGGAACAUAGGAAAUCGGCCUUCAUGCAGCACUGAUCACCAUCUCCGGUGCCUGCGAAAAAGGAGAGGCCUGUGAGGGGCCGAUCACCCCACCAGGACCCUUAAAGGCCAGCGCCGUCCACAAAGUGUGGUGUGACAAGCUGCUCCUCAGGCACCACCUGCCAAAGUUCAGUCGACUCCUGCAGGGGUACAGUCGAGUCCGGACCGGUCCAGUUCCCUGGACCUCUGUGAGGAUGUGUGCCUCCCAUCAACACCGGAGGCCUUUGAGGUGGUCUUAGACUUGUUAAGCCUCCCGGUACUGGCGUCCCCGCGCCAAUUGAGGGGCAGGCCAGCUAUAAUGAUGCCUCUAUUCCCGCGCCACUCUGGUGGCACUGGCGCAGAGAGAACGACUGCCCUGUUCCCUGGACUUGCGUUACCGCUCGCCGGCGACAGUGGGUAUUGCCCCUCCUUGGUCUUCGUACUUGGAAACCUCGGAAUCCAAGGUGGAAUCCUACUGCUCCAAUAGAUCAAGGAGCAGGAGGUUGGCUUCGCAAAGAAGUCAGCGACCUUACCCGGUGCCUUGGCAAUAGCAAUGGCAACCGCAUUCCCAGUGGCCGUUCUGGACCCCUGGGCUUACCAUCAGGCCCAGGGCCAAGUGAAUGGCCCAUGAUCCAGGUCUGCGUUGGUCAGCUUGAUGUCAGUGGCUCUGGUGCAAAUGCCUCCACUAGUGGCACGGCCGUCCGAGAGGAGCAUGCCUCCUUCUCAACAGGAUCCGGCAGCUCCCUGUCAGACACUGGCACUGAUGGGGGUCAUGUCCUCGACGCCACAGGCACCGUUCAGUACGUCUCGUUGUUCGGCAUUGACCCUGGUACUGGUUACAGUACCGCCUCCUACAUCCGCACUGGCCACACAACCUGAGUACCGUGUGCCGCAGGACCCAGCAGGAGCUGAGAGUAGCAAGGAAGGUCCCCUGCAAGUGAUUUCCUCCUCUUCCUCGCCGGAUGAAGUGGUCACGGGGACCUCUGUGGCAUCAGCUUUAGAGGACAACUGGGUGCUCCAACAACUGCUCAAACGGGCCGCCCAGAGCCUGGCUAUUCAGACUGAGGAGGUAGAGGUGGAUGUGGACCCUGUAGUGAACAUCCUGGCUCCCUCAGGCCUGUCUAGGGUCACCCUACCGCUGAUUAAAACAAUAGCCUACAUGUCCCGCACCCUAUGGCAGACCCCAGCCUCUCUGGCCUCUAUGGCCAAAAAGUCGGAGAGGCGCUACUUCGUGCCUUCCAAGGGCCAUGAGCACCUGUAUGCUCACCCUCCCCUGGACUCUCUGGUUGUGGAUGCGGCCAACCAAAGGGAACGUCAGGGGUUUCAAGGGUCUACGCCAAAGAACGGGGAGGCCAAGAAGCUAGACCUCUUUGAGUAGACCUUCCUACCAAUGGGGGGGCGCUGCAGCUGCACAUAGCCAACCAGCAGGCUAUAGUUAGCUGGUAUGGCCAUAACACAUGCUCAGCUUUGUCCAAGUUUGCUGAACUCCUUCCCCAGGAAUCACAAUCAGAAUUCUCCACUCUGGUGGAGGAGAGGAAGCUGAUUUCGCGUGCAUCCCUCCAAGUGGCCCUGGAUGUGGCGGAUGCAGCCUCCCGCACGCUGGCCACCGGACUGGUGAUGCUGCGGGGGUCCUGGUUUCAGGUCUCUGGCCUUCCUCAUGAGGUCCAGCAGACCAUACAAGACCUUCCCUUUGAAGGGCCCAUGCUGUUUUCCGAGAAAAUGGACAAAAGGCUCCAUAGCCUAAAGGAUUCAAGGGCCAUGUUGUGAUUGCUCGGCCUGCACAAUCCGGCCACCCAGCGCAGGCAAUUCAGGCUGCAGCCAGCUCAGCGGCUGUACCAGCCCCAAAACCACCCGGAGGCCCCGCGCAGGAGGAGGCAACAUCCAUUCUCCAGACAGUCCUCCAGCCAACCGCAGUCUCCAUCAGGGCCUAGACCCCAAAUUUGAUGGUGCAGUCGAAGAUGACCUACCAGUCAGGACCUUGGAUCCUACCAACCUUACCUUUUCAUCCCGUCUACUGUGCCUGGUCCUGGACCAUCCCGGAAUCAGACAGUUGGGUGCUCGGCACGGUAGAGAGGGGAUAUUCUAUUCAGUUUUCCUCCCUCCCAUCCCACCAGCCCCUCUCCCCGUUCCUCUUCAGAGAUCCCUCUCUCAAGCAACUUCUAAUCCAGGAAGUGCAGUCCUUCCUCGCAGUAGGGGCCAUGGAGGAAGUUCCCCAGGAGCUCAGGGGCAGGGAGUUCUACUCCCAGUAUUUCCUAAUGUGAAAGGGGGCCUCAGACCCAUUCUAGACUUGCAGUAUAUGAACAACCAUCCCUGUCCCUGGUAAGACGCCUUGGAUCUGGGAUGGGGGGGCACAUCUGGGGAAUCUCAGGAUCCAGGGCCUCUGUUCCCCUGAGGACCUCUCCUUGCACAUCAACAUCAGGGAGCAGCAGGUGUGUAGCGA